CCCUGUUGUCAUGAGGAAAAAGAAAGAUUAAGUCUGUAUUUAACGUCGCGUAUGUUUUGUGGAAUUACCUGUUAACUAGUGAGAGUUAUAUGGGGUAUGGAAAUCAUUUGCUCUGUGUUUUAUAAUAUGCUAUUUUGAUUUGCUGAAAAUAAAUACGCAUUAAUGGAACCAAAGCAGAUAAUUUCUAAUGCUGUCCAACCUCGAAAUCCUACUGGUAAAAUUGGAGGACCAAGUAGCAAACAGGCUGCGGGUGCUGAAGCCGGUGGCCGUUUGAAAGGAGUGCAAGUAGUAAAACCUAUAGUGUACGGAAAUGUAGCAUGGUAUCUGGGCAAAAAGAGAGAAGAUGACGGUCAUACACAUCAGUGGACUGUUUACCUGAAACCUUAUGAUAACGAUGAUAUGUCUGUAUAUGUAAAGCGAGUACAUUUCAAAUUACACGAAAGUUACUCGGACCCAAAUCGAGUGUUUCAUGCUCCUCCAUAUUCUAUCACAGAAACGGGAUGGGGUGAGUUUGAAAUCGUGAUAAAAAUAUUCUUUCAAGAUAGUAACGAAAGACCCGUUACUAUCUAUCAUUUUUUAAAGUUGUUUGACAGAGAAAAAGAUGGAAAUGUGAAAAUGGGAACUGUGCCUGUAAAUUCGGAGUCUUACGAUGAACUGGUAUUCAUGGAUCCAACUGUGAAAAUGCACAGACUUCUGUCACACCCAAAGUUGUGUACAUCUAGUUUUCCUCAGCAUAAAACCGAUUAUGAAGAGAAAAAAAUUCAAGAUUUGCAAAAAAUCUUAAAUGCUAAGAAGAAAGUUAAACAGGAAAUUGCAGAAUUGAAAGCUAGACUUGCUGAUACAAAAGAAAAUAUCGCAAAGCUUAAAUCGCAAGUUUCAAGUUGAUUUUUUAGUCUUAUAUUAAUAGGCAUAUCGUGUUCCAUUAUGUAAUCUUGUUUUUUAGUUUAUGUAUUUGCUUUAUAUUUUAUAGUAGUGUUAUCAGGACAGUAAUUUUCAAUUUGUAACAUACUUUUAUUAUGUUUUUGUAUCAAAUAAAUCCAUCAUAUAAUUUGACUGGUACAGUAUACUAUGUAUUUCAUUCAUAGUAUAUUUUGAUAUUUUUUCAGGUACAUUUCUAUGGAGCUUACCCACAGUCAUAAAUUUAUAAUAAAACUUGUUCUUAAAUGAUAUAUUUUUUCAGCAUUAAAAAGUCCUUUGGUUAAUUUUUGGUUGACCUUGUAUGCCUAGCAUUCAGAGCCAGUUGUUUCAGUUUGAUGGAAUGUGCAUAUGUGCUCGUUGUAGGAUCUGUGUUGAACUGAUUUAUAAUUUUGUGCAUAUAAUUCCAAUAGGCUGAAUGUGCUUUAUAAUCGCACUGAAAAUUAAAAGAUAAAGCUUUGACAUACAGUCAUUUUUUUGGUUUCAUUAAUUUGAUUCCUACCUCCCACCCCAGUUUGCAUUGCAAAUGUUUCCUGAUUUCCUGACUUUAACUGGAUAAUGAAUAUAGGUUUCCAUUAUUAUUUUACAAUUGUGUAAUUAUAUUAUUGAAUAUGGAUUUAUAUUAGUACAUUUGAAUAAGUGAUCAUUUAAUUAGUUAUUGUGCUAUAUAUUAUGCUAAAUUUAAGUAUUUUGUUAAAAAAUAUCAGUGUAUUUUAAAUAAUUUGAAAUUGCUACAGAUACAACAUAAUGUUUGAUCAAUUGGAAACUCAAAGAGACUGUUUAUAUAUAUAUAUAUGUGUGUGUGUGUGUGUAAUAUUUUACUUUUGGUAUGAGGUAAAAACAAUUCAUGUUCUAGUCAUAUACGAAAAUACUGCUGCAUAGAUUAUUGGAAAUUGCUAUGUAGUGGAAUGACCCAAAGGAAUUUUGGAAGAAGUACGACCAGCUUGAUAGUUAAACAUAAUAUAUUUUUGGAUGACGAAUUUCAUAGCACAUAUCUUCAGAACUGAUAGAAGACUGAUACUAAAUAUGCUUCAUAAAUUUAGAUAUGCAGUUACAUUUUAAAUAAUGGCGAAUAGCUAGUAGAGGCUGAGCAACACACUGUCAGCAGGCAGGCAAAAGAGUUGAUAGUGUGGCAGGAGCUAGGAAAAGAAUUAUGUAAUUAACUCACAAAUGGUAUUUAUACCAAAAUAAAUGCAAUUGUUGAGAAAA